UAAACAAUAUUUCGACCCUUAACCCUUUGUGACCCAAUGGCAGAUAUAUCUGCCAUGAUGCCGAACCUUGCAUAAAUUUGAUCAGCAGACUCUCUACUAUUAGUUUCCAAGCCUCUGUCAAAUAAAAACAAUCGCCAUCUUGGAUUUUUAUAGUUUGUUUUGAAUUGGACGCGUUUUCACCGAAUUUUUUCAAGUUUUUUCGAGUCCCUUUGGCACGAAAAUUUCCCGGGAAAAUUGAAGGGCUGUGUAAAUAUGUCUGUGAAUAGUAGAAGCUAUACAGUAGAAGAAGUGCUUUUACAUUUGGAUGGUGACUUCGAUAUUCCCGACGAAGGAGUUAAUUCAGACGUUGAAUGGCUCGAUGAUGAGGAUUUUGAGGAGCCUGAUCUUAUUUUGCCUGCGGACUCAGUCGCUCUACCCGACGAGGAGGAAGAGGAAAUAGAUCUUCGAACUGUUCAAAUUGAAGAAGCCGACGAUUUCGAUGAGGAGGUGGUAAGAGGGAGACCUAGCAAUGUAAGUGUGGAAGAAUUUAGUUGGUCUGAUGACAGGUCUGAAAUAAACAUUCCUGGGUUUUCAAAAGCAGUAGGGCCAAAUACCAUCUUACCAGUAGGCGCUUUGGCUCUUGAUUUCUUUCUUCUUUUUGUGAGUAAUCGGAUCCUUCAAAAUAUAUUGAGGGAAACAAAUCGCUAUGCCUCCCAGACUUUGCAAUCUAAGGGUAAAGAUCCUUCCACUUGGAAGCAAGUGUCUAUGGAAGAGCUGAAGGCAUUUUUUGGACUUCUCAUAGGAAUGAGUAUCCACAGACUACCUUGUUUACGGGACUAUUGGUCUUCGGACUGGGUUUUGGGUGUUCCAGCAUUCUCAAAGGUCAUGCCUCGAAACAGAUUUUUGGACAUUUGGAACAAUAUUCAUCUGUGUGACAACACAAAAAUGCCAAGGCCUGGAGACAGUAACUUCGACAAGCUCUUCAAAGUUAGGGAAUUUAUUGAGGAUUUGAAAACAAAUUUUCAAAUAAACUAUGCCCCUCACCGUGAGCAAGCUGUGGAUGAAGCUAUGAUAAAAUAUAAAGGUCGCACUUCCCUCAAGCAAUACAUGCCCAUGAAGCCCAUCAAACGUGGCAUCAAAAUGUGGUGUAGGGCAGAUAGCACUAAUGGAUAUUUGUGUGACUUUGAUAUCUACACUGGGAAGACACAACAAGGAGUUCAACAUGGACUAGGUUACUCAGUUGUCACUAAGUUAUGUGAAACCAUAAAAGGUCACUGGUAUGCCAUUUUUUGUGACAACUUUUUUACCUCGUACAGAUUGAUUGAAGAUUUGUAUCAGAAUAAAACACUGUGUUGUGGGACUUUGCGGUCAGGGCGUAAGGAAUUUCCCCGAUGUCUCUUUGACAAGGAUCGCAUAAAGUCAAUGAAGAGAGGUGAUGUAUUUUGGCAAAUGAAAGGUCCAGUACUUGCAAUUACCUGGAUGGAUAAGAAGGCAGUGCAUGCAGCAGGCACUUACACACAAGCACCUCAAGAGAACCUUCCAGAGGUCAACCGGAAACAAAGAGAUGGAACAAUUCAACGAAUUACCUGUCCCCAGCUUAUCUCGUCCUACAACACAUACAUGGGUGGUGUAGACAAGAAUGAUCAGAUGAAAUCCUACUACACCAUUCCUGUAUCUGGAAAGAAAUGGUGGAUUAGAAUUUUGUUUGAUCUUAUUGACAGGAGUAUUUUCAAUAGUUUUAUUUUGGAACAGGAGUCACCCAAUCAUGGAAAGAGAAACCUGAAAUCCUUUCGCAUUGACUUAGCAAAGCAACUAAUUGGUGACUUUUCCUCUCGAAGGAAACGUGGGAGGCCCUCUGAUGAGCCAUUGUUGUUGUGCAAUGUAGAAAGAUUAUCCAUUAAGGACUAUUUAUAUUAUUCAUACAUGAGAAAUUGCUGUGAAGAUGAAGAUCGGAGACCACAGGGGCAAGAAGCUCUUUCAGAUAUCAACCCACACCAAAUAGAUGAAGGAUUUGAUGAAGAUGAACAUGAGACAAUUGCACUUGCAGAGCAGGUGUUUACCAUGCCUUUGGGCAUUGACAUAGACACAGAUGCAACCAGUACUUCUGAUAAAGACUCUGCUGAGCCUGUGGGAAAAGAUCUAUCAUGUGAUACAGAAGGAUAUGAAGAAGUCCAGGUUUUAGCAGCACAUCUGGUUUAUUUCAGAGAAGAAAAUAUGGCCUUGUCCAAUAACCAACCCAAUGAAAUCAUUAGAUUGUGGAAAAGCUUUCAUGAAUAUGACCAACAGCCGACAACAUUUACUCCUCGACACUGCACUACACUGGUUAUGGGAAAGUUUAGAGCUACAAAAAGAAGUACCAAUGUUGUACCAGAUGCCUCCUACAGUGUACCAGCCCAAUGGCCAGAUCGUGACAGGUACACUGAGGUUGUUAUAUCUGAACUGUGUAAUCUACAUCCUGAGCCAAACAGAUCAAGGACAAAAACAUCUAACCCUUGGUCUUUUGCGUGUAAAGACUACCGAGGCAUACAAGAAUGUGUUAUGAACUAUGGCAUGGUGAUGAGACAGAUUCAGCUGCCAGAAAUAAACCAAGCAACACUAAUUCAAGCUUGA